AUUGGGGAAUUCAGCAACGUUCAAUUUGAACCAAAACUACAUUUACAAGCAGCAGCCACUUAUAUAGCAUGUCAUGUGAUCAAGCACGGUGCCACUAGUGGCAACAAACGCCCACCUGUUGUUCUCGAAUCUCCUUCGAAAUAAUAUUGAUCAAUCAAACUGAUCUUUUUGUUUGGGAGAAUCAAUCACCCCAUCGUAACCUAUCUUGUCAGGUACGAGCAUGCGAACAAUGCAAAAAGGCUGAACAACUCUUCUUCUUCAUCCCCGGAAAUGCUGUACAAUAGCAUUGUCACAAGUUGGGAUGCAACGCCUUAUGCUCUCUUAUGCUCUAUAAGAAAUCAAGGUCUGUAAUCUGUACAUAUAACAUAUUGUCCGACAUCAUUUGAAAGAGUACUCACGCACUGGUUCACGAUGCCUUCCUGGUGUCUUCCCGGACGCGAGAAUGAUCCUGUCAUGGAACGCAAGGCCAUCUUGCAAAAAUCCUUAGCAUUCUCUCGCACCUUCAACUCUCGCAACCUUGAAUUCUACUGGUACCCACUAUGGGCCCAGACCCUGUCCGAUCUCGUUGCGGAUGUCCCUAAUUUGCUGGUCGCACCGCAGUUCCCCGCUUGGUUCGUUCCGGAAGACGACCAACAGGAGGAUGAAGAUGAUGGUGAUGAUCCAGAGGAGGUAGAUAUGCAUGAGUCACUGGACGCUGAAGAAAGCGCUGUUACCAGAGACGACGACGUUGGAGAGUUGUCUUUCGCCUCGACUGCCCCCGAACAACAUGCCAGGGGUGUCCUUGUUGAUUUUGCCAUCCUCAAGGUUAGCGCAGAACCUCAACAGCGGCAAAAUAUUCGUUAUGGAGGAUGGAGGAUCACGGGAGCAAAUGUCGGUCUCUUCGUCGAGGUAAAGAGGUUCGUAAGUAGGAGUGGGGAGUUGGACCAGGAACUUCACGUGCAGAUUGCAGAAGCUCGCGGCGAUCUGAUUGAACAAGUUGCAUAUCUAUUUCUGCAGGAUGAAAACAAGGACUCUGUAUUGGCAAUUGCAGCUGCAGAUAAUUUGUCCAUGUCGCAUCAUGUCUGUAGUACAUACCUUGACCGUCCAUCUGCAGGUCCAUAUUGGUGCAACACAAAGAAGGACAUCGAAGAUAUGACGAAGAAAACCGCUUCCGAACCCACAUGAAUAAAAUCCAACGGAUCCGAGAAUAUCGGCGACUAACCCCCCGCCGCCAAUAUUCAUACCUACAAGCAAACGUCUUGUCGACUAAUGCAUGCAGGACACGAUGUCGUCCCGCCUUGAAUGAGUGCCACGGAUCACGGUUGCGGUAUACAACCCCAAGAAGUAUGAAAAAGGUUCCACGGGUGUGUGGGCGGGACUUGAGGGACUCUAAAGCGCGAAAAGGAGUGGGCGAACCGUGCGUAUAAUUGGUGCUCGGAAAGCAGAGGAAGUAGAUCAUGAUAUCGGUGCAAUGGUCACAGACUCGGU